AUGUCAAGCUUGGUGCUGCCUUUCAACACUGUGUUGGCAGUAUACCACUCUAAUUGCCCUUCCCCUCAAUUGACAAACUAUCCAUCGCCACUAUCGCUUCUCAACUAUAUUGCACUGGCUGCAUUCUACGUGGAACCUGAAAAUGUUGAGGAUGAAGAGGACAAUGAAACGUCAAUCAACAAGCUCAUACUCCCUAUUCAGGGGACGUUGAACGGGCAAAAAUUCACACUAAAAAUGAUAAAGAAAAAAAAGUCAGGAAAGGCAUGGCAACAUGAAUUCCUGUUCGAUCUGAAAAUGCACUCGUACGUGCCACUUAGAAAAGCGAAAGGGAGUACAGAGGAUGACGAUGAGCUUCUCAAGGAUCUCACAACAUUUAAUUUGGGUACAAGUUCUAAGCAAAGAUUGGCAAAAGAACAGGUUGAGCUUCCUUUUAUGGAAGCACAAGCAGAGCUUGGAAAAGUGGGAGGCGCGAUUGUCUACCAAUUCGAGAAGGAUGAUGAUUACGAUGAGGAGGAUCCAUACGAAGAUCCAUUUUAG